UUAAGUAGACCUACAGUAUCGGUCAAAUACUAUCAGUAAAGCUGAAUUAGUCGACAAGCAUGAAACAUCUGCUAAUUUUCGUGUACUGUACACUUAACGUGGUUUUAUCAAACGAACUGAUGAUAAGCAAGGAAAGUCAACAGUUUCAUUCAUACUCGACAAAAUCGAGUUUAAAGACAAAGAUUGGUUACAAAAAGUGUUUGUCUUCUGUACCAAGCUACGUAUACGCAACAGUGAAAGCCACCGAAUCAUCCCUACCCCACACAUUUAAUGUGACAGUGCUUGGUGUGAAGGAAAGUUAUUUCGAGGUGGAACUUAAACGAACGGAUGUUUCUGAAGGGUGGAAUAUGUUUGUAACCGUUGAUUGGAAAAUGUAUACGGGGGACUUCAUAGUCGUCAAUAACAAGGCUAUUUGGCUACCUGAUGUUUUUACUGUAACGGAUCUGAACCGCGAAAAUGCAACAAUGGAUUGCUACAAAAGGGAAGGCCAACUUGUAGAAGUUGCGGACAAGCGAUCGUUCACUAUGGUUUACGAUUACGUGAGAAACAAGUUCCAGUUUGGAAAACAAGAAUUUGUUGACUUUUGGCUCGGUUCAAGCUACAAUCCCAGAACAUCUCAGGUGUUGCAAAGCAACGGAGAACCUGGUUAUAAUGAAGGCUGGUACCCUGACGAUUUUCCAAAGCAAAAGCCUGGGCUAACUGGUAUUAUCCUACGAGUUGCCGCACCUGAUCUGACACGAAACCAUGGAAUGGGUAACUUAGUCCCAGACAGUCUUCAUACUGUUAUAAAACUAUGCGCCCUGGAAAUCAAUUGACUUUAGACAACCCACUAUAGUUCAGCGUUUCUUAAACUGGGGUAAAUUUACCCCUUGGGAUAAAUUAUCGUUUUUAGAGGGUAAAUGAGUCAAAUUCUACAUCUAUAUCAGUUGUCAGGACAA